CCAAGAUAUUAAAAACUGAAUGAGGUGACAAAGAUUGGUAGCGAUGGUGCCGUUGGGAUCGUCCUCUUCUUGGUGUAGAUAUAUGUUCCUGGAUAACCUGACCUAAUUGUUGUUUAACCCAAGUCAGUCCUCAUCGAGCAGACCCAUGAUCCAAAAUAUGUACCAAUCGCAUCCACCAAUCAUUUUUGGUUUUUGAAAUAUAGGUCAUCGACGAUCUCACUACGACUGUAUUCGUUUUCUAAGAUAGUGGGUUUGAAUAACAGGAUAUUUAGCUGCCACUUCCAGCAGAUCAGCCGACCACGCAGAGGCUGCUUCUCAGUGUUAAACACUGCAUUGGAAUAGUCUUGAAGAGGGUUUAGCGUCAAUAAAUGUCAAGUGUGAAUCUUUUAUCGCUCGCUGACUGUCGAAAAAAGCUGUCAUGUGAUUUGACCGCUUAGAAGAAAUUAUCUCUCCCUUCACUCUUGCCGCACGUUAUCUUUGGUUCUCACGACUACAGGUCGUUGUAAUGGAUUGCAACAACUUUUUGCUUCUAUCUAUACUCAUUUACGCUUUCAUCCCGUCCUCUCAUGCAUUCCUUCAUGGUCUACCAUUAAGAAGACAGUUGACCGCAUCUUCAAAGUAUACACCUUAUUAUGAACCAGUUGUCUCUACAGAAUACUUCCAUACCAAUUUCGAAACUCGGUACUUCACUCAAGCUGUUGACCACUUUGGCUGGAACACAGACACCUACCAGCAAAGAUAUCUUGUGUCCACUCAGUGGUGGGAUGGAAAUGGAGGCCCAAUAUUCUUUUACACUGGCAAUGAAGGAGAUAUUGUCUGGUUUUUAAAAAACACAGGUUUCAUGAUGGACAUUGCUGGAAAAUUUGGUGCCAUGCUGGUCUUUGCUGAGCAUCGUUACUAUGGCAAAUCAUUACCAUAUGGGACAGAAUCUUAUAAGAAUCCUGUAAAACUGUCAUACUUAACAUCAGAACAAGCACUUGAAGACUAUGCCAAAUUGAUUCAACACAUGAAAUCCACCAUAAAAGGUGCCCAAAACAGUUCUGUUGUGGCAUUUGGUGGUUCCUAUGGUGGGAUGUUGUCUGCUUGGUUUCGAAUGAAAUAUGCUGGGGUGAUUGUUGGGUCAAUUGCAGCUUCUGCUCCAAUUUGGGGAUUUCCUGGGAUAUCUAAAUGCAAUGGUUUAUUUACUGUCAUAACAAACACAUUUAAACAUAGUGGUGAACAUUGUCCAGGAAGCAUCCGGAAAAGUUGGAAAGUAAUUGAUGAUCUUGGAAAAUACAGUGAAGGUCUGAAGUUUCUCUCUGAAGAAUUAAAGUUAUGUUCAAGCCUAGAAAACUCUACAGUUGAUGACCUCAAGGAAUGGUUGAGUGACACAUGGUUUGAUUUAGCAAUGAUGGAUUAUCCUUACUCAACCAAUUUUCUAGAACCUCUACCUGCCUGGCCAGUGAAAAAAACCUGUACACCAUUGAAUGAUCCUAGUCUUGAUGGUAAACACCUCAUUUCUGCUCUGGCUAAAUCUCUGCAAGUCUAUUACAACACAACAGGUAAUACUCCAUGUUUCAAUUUAACCCAGACAUCUAGUUCGGACAUGGGAAGUUUAGGAUGGAGCUAUCAGUCUUGUACAGAAAUGGUAAUGCCAAGCUGCACAGAUGGCAUCACAGAUAUGUUUUACCCAACCAAGUGGAAUUUCACCCAGUAUUCUGAAUCUUGUUAUGCUCAGUGGAAAGUUGUACCCAGACCUAACUGGAUUGUAACAGAAUAUGGUGGUAAAAAUAUUCAAGCUGCAUCUAACAUUGUCUUCAGCAAUGGAUUGCUUGAUCCCUGGUCAGCCUUUGGAGUCCUUAAAAAUAUUUCUGACACCCUAAUAUCUCUCAUCAUUCCUGAAGGAGCACACCAUUUGGAUCUGAGAUUCAAGAAUAUCGAUGACCCACCAUCUGUAACAGAGGCAAGGAAUAUCGAGCAGAUGCAUAUAAGAAAAUGGCUGAAAUCAAAAUAAAUCUUAAAAUAUGUGGACAUUUUGUUUUGAAAUAUAAAUGUUUUGAAUUUCAAUAAUUCAUUGUAAGAUUUUUACCAAUAAAGUUAGUAUUUUUCUAGUCAUUUCACA